GUUCUCGUAUUUCUCGACGAGCAGGCAACGCGCACGGACGUGACGUUCUCCGAAUUUCACGGGAACUUGGACCUCGAGUAGUUUUAGAAAGUUAAUGCCCAGCAGCAGCUGCGAUUCGCAAAGAACCCAAUCAAAUCGUUAAAUACUAUAUAUACCUACCAAUCGAUCUCGUUUGCCUUAUGAAGUAGAAGUAAAGUGGUGGUCGUUAAGUGUUAUAGUUUUCAAACGCAAGUGCAAUUUCUAAAUCAAUUUUUUACGUUGUGUGUACGUUACAACUAAAGACUGACAGCAGCUCUGAUAUAUCGGAGAGCCGAAAUUAAGUUCAAUUCCGGCGAGCUGACACAAACAGAAAUAGGAAGUGCUAAGAAUUAGUGAAUUAGUGAACCUGUAUAACGUUAUGUACAUAUGUAUGUAUAGCCCGAAUACUACAUAACAACCUAGGUCAAUAUUGUUUAAAGUGGCGUGUGAAUGAAUGUGCGCAGAGAUAACAACAACGAUUGCUAGUUGCUCAGCAGAUAAUAACACACACUCGCACACACACACACACACAAACAUACACACACACUCGUGACUAGAACAUAUUCACGGAAAUCGGAAAAGAACAACAAGAGCAAAUAAGGCAAAGGCAGAAGCGAAAACAAAAGCAACAUCAGUGCUUCAGAGACGAGUGGUGCAAGAGAGCAGCACGAUUCUAAACUUGAAACUAAUAAUUUUAUAAUAUCAAAGCGCGAAGGUUGUCGACGAGUGACGACGAGUGACGAGUGGCUCGCCCGAAGAGAGCCGAGUGUACCCGAAUGCCGCACAUCAAGUAUACGUACGAUCGCUUGCUCAGCGCCUUUCAGUGCUAGCCCCAGCUACCACCAACAAUAACAAUAACAAUAACAAAAACAAUAGCAAUAUUACUGCGAAACGAAAAACAGAAACGUUCCUCUUCUAACGGUCUCAGUGGAUUUUGUAAUUGGUCAUCGUUGACUGCGAAAAGGAGAGAGAGAGAGAGAGAGAGUGAAGGAGAGGCAGAGAACUGUCGCUGCGAUUGCGAUUACGGUUACGCGGCGCUGUGAAAAAGUGAACAAGUUUAGGCGGAAAACACUUGCCUCUGGUCGAUUUGCGUGUUUGGACGCGCGACUCCCUCAGAACUUGCAAAAAAGAGAAAAGGAACAAAAUUGGAGAAACACCAAAAAAGUGAUCACACAUCAGAAAGCCAACUUGGAUUACCUUUGCGAUCGAGCAGGACUUAUAAACUGAAUUCUACGGAUUUUAUUGAUCAAUUUUAUGAUUCAGCCACAACCAAAAUGGUUUACUACUCCGCCAAUCAGCUGCUCAUAAAAACGGAACAAUCUAGUCAGGCGCAGUUCUGCCUCCAGGUGCCGCCCCCCCUGACGGCGACGACCACCUCCAUCGGAGUACCGCCGUCCGGCGGCCAGCAGGAGCACUUCGAGCUUCUGCAGACGCCGCAGCAGCGACAAAUGCAACUGCAGCUGCAGGACCAGCAACAGCAGGAGCAGCAGCAGUUCGUCAGCUACCAACUGGCCAUCCAGCAGCACCAGAAGCAGCAGCAGCAGCAGCAACAGCAGCAACAUGAUAGUAUUACUACCGCAGCACCGACGGCGGCUUCAUCGGCACAGCGGAUCAAGACAGAACCCGCCGGCGGAUUCCCAGCGGCGGCGGCAGCAGCCAUGGUGACGCAGGUGCGCAAGUCCAGUGCCGGCAAGCCGCAGUUCAAGUGCGAACAGUGCGGCAUGACCUUUGGCAGCAAGUCCGCGCACACCUCCCACACCAAGUCGCACGCAAAGAACCAAGAUCUUUCCCUCAAUGGCGCCGCUGCAGGCGGCGUGGCUGUGCCUGCCUCAUCCGCGGCCAUCGAACUCAAUGAUGCGGGUCUGCCGGUGGGCAUACCCAAGAGUCCCACCAUCAAGCCGCUGGCCAAUGUGGCUGCCGGUGCGGAUCCCUAUCAGUGCAACGUAUGCCAGAAGACUUUCGCCGUGCCCGCCAGGCUGAUCCGCCACUACCGCACCCACACUGGCGAGCGGCCGUUCGAGUGCGAGUUCUGCCACAAGCUGUUCAGCGUGAAGGAGAACCUGCAGGUGCACCGGCGCAUCCACACCAAGGAGCGUCCGUACAAGUGCGAUGUGUGCGGCCGGGCAUUCGAGCACUCCGGCAAGCUGCAUCGCCACAUGCGCAUCCACACCGGCGAGCGGCCGCACAAGUGCUCCGUGUGCGAGAAGACGUUCAUCCAGUCCGGCCAGCUGGUGAUCCACAUGCGCACGCACACCGGCGAGAAGCCGUACAAGUGCCCGGAGCCGGGCUGCGGCAAAGGCUUCACCUGCUCCAAGCAGCUCAAGGUGCACUCGCGCACGCACACGGGCGAGAAGCCCUACCACUGCGACAUCUGCUUCCGCGACUUUGGCUACAACCACGUGCUGAAGCUGCAUCGCGUGCAGCACUACGGCUCCAAGUGCUACAAGUGCACCAUCUGCGACGAGACGUUCAAGAACAAGAAGGAGAUGGAGGCCCACAUCAAGGGCCAUGCCAACGAAGUACCCGACGACGAAGUGGAGGCGGCGGCAGCGGCAGCAGCAUCCACGUCCGCCGGCUCCUCCGCCGGAUCGCCAUCCCUGCAAGGCGGCAGCAGUAACUCCGAGAGCAGCAACCCCUCGCCGCCCAGCUCGCCACCGGCCACAAAGAAACCUCGCCAGGCGCGCCAGCCGCGCGGUUCCAAAGCCGCCGCAGCCACCCUUUCCAUCCCCACCUCCUCGCCGCUCUCGCCCAGCUCGCUCAGCUCCACGUACUCGCCAUCGGCCAGCAGCCUGGCCUCGCCUCCACCCACAUCGGCCCACUACCUGCCCGUCCAGAUGGAGGCGGAUGCCUUGAGCCGGGACAGCGGUGUGUCCAGCGCCCAGCCCGCCCACAGCACCUAUGCGGACGAGGAGCCCACCGACCUGAGCAUGCAGCAGGUCCAGGGUCAGGUGCCAGAGAGCACCGUGGACUACUACCAGGCGCCGCCGAGUCUACUCGAGCUGCAGCCCCAAGCCGCUGGUCUUACCAUCAAUCCCGCCCUGCUCGAAGCGGCCAGCAUGGCGCGUCGCCAUGACGACAACGAUGACCACGUGCAGGACGAGGAUGUGCACGCAGCCGCCUGGCAAAUGAUGCAGUUGCGCCGCGGUCAUGUCCCCAUACCGCCGGCGGAGCAGCCGGCGCCGAACCACCAGCCACUGGUGCCCACACUGCACGUCAGCGAUCUGGCCGCCAACUACGACGACACCCAUGAAGCCACCGUGCUGAUCGAGCACUUCAAGCGGGGCGAUCUCGCUCGCCACGGACUGCACAAGGGCUAUGCACCAGUGCCCAAAUAUGAAUCCGCUCUACCCAAUCCGGACAUCGUGCGACGCGUGGAGGCGGCCAUUGGUCUGCGGUCCAGCACGGAGUCGCCCGAGCGGAGCUCCUCGCCGGAGAGCGACUCCCUGAUGAUGGCCGACCGGAACGUGAUGACGCUGCCGCUGCGCAAGCGCAAACACUACAUGAACAAGGGCGACGAUGGCCACAUGGAUGCGGAGAAGGCUAGCGGAGAUGGCUCCUCCGCCGCCAGUGGCGUCGCUUCCGUUGGCGCCGGGGAUGGACCCGGUUCCAAGGUGAUACGGAUGAGCUCGGUCAUUCAGUUCGCCAAGGCAUCGUAGGGAUCCAAGGCCACUCCCCAAUCAGCAUUAAGACUGUCCAAACAAAUUCUAACUGAAAUUAGCUUAAGUUUUUUUCUCUGAGGUCCGGGACUAGGCCUGGAAUCAAAAAAGAACCACAGAGACGACGGAUGGAUAUGGCAGAGAGAUAGUUUUCAAGCGGUGAAAAUGAAAAUGCCAAAAGUAUUAAAAAAGGAAAAAAUUUGUUUUAAAAUUAAUAUUACCUCCUAUUACGUUUUAAAUGGCUUGAUCCGAUUUUUGUUGAGUGUUUUGAUUUGAAAAAGUUUCCCCACUAUUGCAAAAUUUCAUUUUAGUUUGGCAUAUAGCAUGUAGUUAUAGUUUGUUUUCCUGUGUUGUCACUUAGUCAAAUUGCAACAAUUGGCAUUAUGCAUAUUAAGCAUAUUAGCAUAACUAAGUUAAUUAUACAUAUAUUAACGAUCACUUAACGAGUCCCAAUCCCAAACCGUACACAAUAAUAAGUUACGUGCAUAAUUAUACACAUAUGAGAAUGAAUGAGAACGAAAGAAAACAAAGGCCAUAUUGGCGCUUAAUAUUUAUAAAAUACCUAAAAUAUAAUACUUAUUUAUUAUAAACUCUGCUCGCCAAACUUCUUCCUACCCCUCCACCAUUAGUGUCAACCGCAUCUUCGACAUCAUCAUGUACCCAUCAUUUUAUAUGCAUUUUAUACACUAAAUAAGGGAAAACUGAAAACUGAGGAAAAAUGGAUCGGUAACUUUAAUUUUACACACGGAGAAUAUUGAACUGAUAAACAAGAAGAAAGCAAGCAUAACUAGGUUUACACAUUUUCAAACCAGAAGAUAACAAAUAUAAUUAAGAGCGUCAGCAUAGUUUUUGUAAACGCAGAGUUAAUACAUAGUUUUAAAUUGUAAAAUCAAAUAUUGCAUGAAAAAACGCAAAUGAAAUCUGAAAGUCAAUAAACAAGCGUGAAAUAAACAAAAUCGGUGU